GUUACCUGGUCACUACGGGACGGUAGGGACGAUGCUUAGCAACGCUGGUGGCGAGCACGGCGUACCCGGCCUCCCACCUCUGAGAGCGGCUGGGCCGGUAGAGCUACGCAGGAGGAGCCGGCCGGAGCCGAGAAACGGAGCUCCAGCUGAGAAGACCACAGCCAGGGUGCGAAACCAGACCCAGGCAGAGAUCCGACGAACAACCUCUUUAGACACGAUUCUGGGGCCUUACCUGCAAGGCCAGUGGCCCAGAGAAGGGGAAAGACGGGGACAAAGUGGACACCACCAAAAAGACGAGUUCACACAGACUUCAAAUUGGCUGGACGAAGACGAACUAAGUGAUGCUGGAGGUCACAAACGCUCUGCAUCAUGGGGAAAUGGAGACCAUUUACGAGAUAUUGCCAAACUGAAGCAGCAGUUGCAACACAGGCCCAAACCGAGAGUCUAUGGGGGCAUCCAUGAAAGACUCCAUCACCCUACUUGGACAUGUACCCAGUCCCAGCCUGUGCCCAUCCCUCUGAGAUCUUUGACUCAUCUGCCCUCUCCUAUGCGGCGGAGUGAGGAGAGACUGGACCAAGAACUAGAGAGAGCCUUCAGACGUCAGUCACCCAGUCAGCACAACAAGCUGCUAGAAAUCCCUGAUGGCCGCAGAGCUCCUGUUCCCUCUCUCAGUUCCUGCAGCAGCUCUCAGAGUGAGCCCUCUUCAAUCACGCCACACCCCUCCACAUCCUCAUCAUCUUCUCCCUGUGCUUCUCCACAGUGCCUAUCAGAUCUGGACACUGAUUUGUCAAGCAGCGUUCUUCCAUCUUGCCCCUCGCCUCUGCUGAGUGGUGACACCGAUGCCUCUCUCCUCCUAUCCUGCUCACCUCGUCCCAACAAGAGCUACUGUUUUCAGAGGGAGCCGCCGGAGGGCUGUGAGAGAGUCAGGGUGUGUGAGGAGAACAUCUCACCAUACAAGGACCAGCCCAAUCUCUCUCUCUGCCCUGAUCCUAACAAGGUGAACUUCACUCCCCAUGGAGGCUCUGCCUUCUGUCCUGUCAGUCUGCUGAAGCCCCUCCUACCCUCUGUGGACUUCCUGUUUCGGAGCCUGUCUGUGUCUCCGGGGUCCUGCUGGGUGGGGCAGGGCGGAGCUUGCCAGCCCCCAAGUCCUGUGGUAACAGUGAGUGGGUACAUGGGCCCUCUAGAGCCAGUGACCACAGCAAUGUAGGGAUAAGUGAAGGAAAAGAGCAAACGUCUCUGCAUUCUCUUCUAAAAGUGCUCCAAGGACUCAAACCCACCAGCAACCUUAUUUUCCUGUGUUUUUUCCCCCUCAGUGGGUUAU